AUGGAUCCCAACUGCAAGCACGUGGAUACCUGUGACUUAGAAACCUUUGAUCCUAAUUUCAUGCCAUUGAAUACCUGUGACCUUGAGACUCAAGGACUGCUGGCAUCUCUUGGCGCUACUGCUGAUGCUGCUGAUGAUGAUGAGGCUGAGGAUCUCUGUUCUGGUGGAAAUAAGCAAGAGCGGAAACGGAGGCUGAUAGAAGUUGGUUCUGAUGAUGAUGAAGUCGAAAUCACCGCUCCUCCAACUCAAUCCUCCCAGCCUCGCAAGCAAUUUAGUUUCGGAUCAGGGAUUAAUUGA